CGAGCAUGCCUCGCUGUACGAGUACUGGCGUAGGCUUCUCAUGGAGGAGCAGCAGAACGAGGAGCGCAACCACUGGCUCAUGCGCAAGCUGGACGAGAUAGAGCAACGCACCAGUCUGCUCAGCGAACGCUCCGAAAGGCUGAGGCAACUAAGGGAAAACUUUUCAGAGUUGAUCCGGGAACGUUACCUGAGCCCUGAAGAGAUGAGCUACAGAUACGACUACAACCAGCCUACGAAGGCAUCCGAGUACAGUCCUCCCGAGUACAUCCCCGACCCAAUAUUAUUCGGCUUGUCGACUCCUCCCUGGGUGCCCCGUGAAGGUCCUCUCUUGCUAUCGCGCACCCAGACACCCGAACGCUGGAAGCCUCCACGUUCACCUACGGGAGCAUCGGUGCCCCCUGUCCACCACCAACCUAGGGCCCCGUCGCCACACCCAGCGACAAAAGAACAGAUCAGUAGCCCUGACAGACGCCCGCGAUACCCUGACGGCGAGACGAGCGAGCCGUGGUUCAACCACUUCGCCAAAAAUAGUGGUGGAUCCUUACUUGAACCUUCAGUAUACUGGAUGCCGGACAGUGCCGAUUUCUUUCGCACUACGAGCGCGUUGGACAGAAAAACAGUGAGGCCAAUGGCCGCUGAGGAAGAAGACAAUAGGCAGCAGGUCACCAAGGACAUGGCGUCACCAACAAAACAGCAGAAGCAUCAACAACAACAGCAGCAGCAACAGAAGCAUCGACAACAGCAGCACUACCACCAUCAGCAACAGAUGCCUUCGCGCAUGAGCCAAUUCUCGGACUACAUUCCGAGCAACGAGUCACCACCCGCGGCAAGGAGGCGCAUGGGGCCGUCUACCAAGCCACCAGACCUUGAAGGCGUCUUCAUAAAUCACACGACAGAAGUGCUCCUCUCGGACGCCGCGGCAACUGGCAAAACGUAUCAGCAGCCGGAGCAUCACGCCGGAGACUCGAAGAAAGCAGCGGACAGUGACACGAGCGGAGACAGCUUCCAUCAGGGAGACACGGAUGAAGGUCGGCACGAUCCGAAGUCGAUACCCACGGUGCGCCUACGUAAGCCGAGCAAAAGUCACGGUGGGCAGGCUGCAGCGAGCCGCUCCAGGGAAGGGCAGGACAGUGGGCCUCCCCUAAAAAAGCAGGGAUCGUUCAAGCAGUCGAGGAGAAAGGCCAGCCGCGAAGCUACCCCGUCAUCUCGAGAAGCACAACCGCACCCUGCGCCACGGAACGCCGCUAUGUCGAGACGGCCGUCAAACGGCGGCGGCACGGAGCUGAACAAGUCUACUCCCAGUGCAUCGAGGACGGCGAAGGAUGCGCAUGAGUCCGAGCGGUCAAGCAGGAAAGUGAGAGAGCACACCCGAACGACAGCUCACGAGUCGCAGUCUGACCGUAGUGACGUGAAACCGGGGGCACGUGAUGCCUCUGAGAGGAGCGAGGCCACUGACACGGGUCGUGGGAAGGACAGUGAUUGGUCAGUGUCCUGUGGAGAACAGCAGCAGAUGAGUGACAGCAAGCAGGAGGACGCUUCGCGGGAGGGAAGAGACAAGGGCGGGCGGGUUCAGGACUCGACGCUUCAGCUGCCAGCCGAGCAGGCUCACGUCUCCUGGAAGCGACAGUCGGGUACGGACACGCUCAUAAGAAGCGGUAGUGAGGGACAGCUUCUGGAGAUGGAUUCCUCGGGACACCGCAAUGAGAGAAGAAGCGUGCCGGCUGCCCUCGUAGAGUCACGCCACCUGGCAGGUCACUCCGAGCGCAUGGCGCUGCCCGGCAGCGAGGAACAACAGACCGAUCACCAUGAGACCAAGUCCACAAACUCGAAAUCCGGAGAGGCGCCAAAAAGGUCGACUGAGAAGUCGAAGAGCAAAUCUCGCCAGAAGUCUAGAAGCCUGAGCAGCUCGAGUAGUUCCAGUAGCAAAUGCUCGUCGCUUAACAGUCCCAAGGAGGCACCGAGCGGCAAAGGGAAAGGCCAUUCGAACGACAACAGCGAGGACAGCUUUUUCGACAAGGACAUUCUACCGCAAGAGACCACUGCCUACCAAUUUCUCCUUGGGAAUGUGAAGCCGACUGCUCCAGAAAAACCGUCCGUGAUGAACCAACCCUCGGAGAGCAGCACCGAUAUCGAGAACGAAAUGGCAGCCGCAGUCAUGACCAGCCAGCCCAAGAAUCUCAUCAGCGCCAAGGUCAAACAUGAUGUGCCUUCACUUAUUUCGCGGAAGGUCCUGGGUCUCGACAUGUACUCGGAACCAAAGAUAUUGAAGGGCCAAAAGCACGACGAUGAAGACAGCUUCUUCGACUGAGUGCGGAAUGCACCGAGAAGCUCAGUCGUGCACCUCUGUGCGCUUCGGCGUAGCCUGAAGACGUGCUCGCGGUGUGUGAAAAGUUAAUUUCCAGUGGACAUGAACUGAGGCACGACUGCGAAAUACGCACUUUCUAAUCGAACAACUUGUAGCAGUUAUUAACAGGUACACCGUCGCUCCACUA